UUUUGCAGGAGGGUGGUAGGGCGGGAGGUAGCGGCGCAUGCGCAGUGAGGUCGAGGGUGAAGUUGCUGCAGAGACACAGAAACAGGAAAAAGGCUCCGAGCCAGCCUGUACCCCUGUAUUUGUACAGGGCCAAGCGGCGUGCUUUAAAGUGGGAAGAUUAAGGGGAUACAGAUCUACGCCGCACUCUUGUAAGCAAUAACAAAAGGCCAGCGAAAGAUGAGCUUCUUCAGUUUUGGGCAAAGUGCAGAAAUUGACGUUGUGUUGAAUGACGCUGAGACGCGUAAAAGAGUAGAGCACAAGACAGAAGAUGGGAAGAAGGAUAAAUACUACCUGUUUUACGAUGGAGAAACCGUCUCCGGGAAAGUAAAUGUCACCCUGAAAAACCCCGGGAAAAGGCUAGAACAUCAGGGGAUUAAAAUCGAGUUCAUAGGGCAGAUUGAACUGUACUAUGACCGAGGGAAUCACCAUGAGUUUGUGUCUCUGGUAAAAGACCUGGCCCGACCUGGUGAGAUGACACAGUCCCAGACAUUUGAUUUUGAGUUUACACAUGUAGAAAAGCCUUAUGAAUCAUACACUGGCCAGAAUGUGAAGUUACGGUACUUUCUAAGAGCAACCAUCAGCCGUAGAUUGAAUGAUAUUACGAAGGAAAUAGACAUUGUUGUUCACACCCUCAGUACCUACCCUGAGAUGAACUCAUCCAUCAAAAUGGAAGUUGGGAUUGAAGACUGCCUGCACAUUGAAUUUGAAUACAACAAGUCAAAGUAUCAUUUGAAGGAUGUGAUUGUAGGAAAGAUCUAUUUCUUAUUGGUUCGAAUCAAGAUCAAGCAUAUGGAGAUUGACAUCAUAAAAAGGGAAACUACAGGAACUGGACCAAAUGUGUUUCAUGAAAAUGAUACAAUAGCAAAGUAUGAAAUAAUGGAUGGAGCCCCAGUCAGAGGUGAGUCCAUACCUAUCAGGCUUUUUCUGGCUGGAUAUGAGUUAACUCCAACAAUGAGGGAUAUCAACAAGAAGUUCUCUGUACGAUACUACCUCAAUCUCGUUCUUAUUGAUGAGGAGGAAAGGAGAUAUUUCAAACAACAGGAAAUAACUUUGUGGCGAAAAGGAGAUAUUGUUCGAAAGAGUAUGUCCCACCAGGCAGCCAUUGCAUCACAACGCUAUGAAGGGUCAACAAAUACUGGAAACAAGCCUGCAGUACAAAAUCAGGAUGCAGAGAACUAGCCUUUUUUUUUGUCAAAGUCUAGGCAGCUAGAUUAAUAACAUAACCUACUAAAAAAAAAUCAAUGGCAAAGAAAUUAGUGUUUUUCAAGUUGACACAAUUCCCUUCAGAUGACAUCUUUGUGACAAGAGAUGUGACUGAAAUUUAUACGGCCGCCUUUGUGUGUUAACAUAAAGUUAAUCCAGAUUUUUGUUUUACUUUUGAAACAUGUUGAAGCAUAUAAUACCAAGCGAAGCUACAAAGUCAACGAGUCCAAGUUCCAUUAUUGUUGUUCAAGCAUGUGCAGUUGUUGAGGAGAAAGUGAGGACUGCAGAUGCUGGAGAUCAGAGCUGAAAAUGUGUUGCUGGAAAAGCGCAG